AUGGCUGCUGCUGCUAUCAACGGAGGUCGGCGUCCCUUCGUGGAUCUAGUAUCGGUGGUUCCUCAACCUCUUCCAGAUAUGUCUGUGGCUUUUCGUCUGCCGAAACCAUCAUUGGAUGCCAUUCGGGCCUUCAUUCAUAAGCGAUGGAAUCUUGAUGGAGUUCCAGUCGUCUCCAACAUGCGGCAUCCUCGGAAUGUUUUUAUUCGAAUGAUUUCAGAAGAGGAUUGCAAUAAGGCUCUGUCUCGUGAAGUCAAUGAUAUCGAUGGAAUUCCUUACCGUCCAUUCCACUGGACUCCAGAAUUUAAAGAAGAAGAAGAACCUUCGCUUGUUCCGGUGUGGAUUGUACUUCCAGGUUUGCCUCCAAAUUACUAUCAUGAAUCUUUCCUUAAAAUUCUUACUGCACCUAUUGGUAGAUUUAUUAGAAGUGAUAACUCUACUCGUUGUGUUACUCGGACUGAUGGUGCUCGCAUCUGUGUUGAAAUGGAUGUUGCUAAGACACCGUUACUUUCUUUUUGGAUUGGAAUGCCUGGUUUGGGAACUAGCAGAAAGCAAGAAAUUGUUUAUGAAACGUUGCCAGCGUUCUGUUCUAAAUGCCAUAUACAGGGACAUAAUUUAAAGACUUGCCGUGCUGGGAAAAAAAAUGUAGGAAGUAAUGUGUGGGUUCGGCAAAAAGAUCCGAUCGUGGAGGAGCCGACGGAUAAGAAUAAUAUUCCAGUUCUUGAAACUACUAAUAUUCCAGUUCUUGAACAUACAGAGGUUGAGUCAAAAGAACCAGCUGAGGAGGAUCGGGUGUUAGUUGUUCAAACGGAUAAUCUUGAUCAUUUGGAGUUGGAACCGGAAAAGGAUCAAGAGGAUAAUCUUGAGAUUCCGGAAAUUGCGGAAGAGAUGAUUCCAAGAAUUAUGAACGGACAUUUGGCUUGUGCGAACCGUUUGACGGAAACAGAAUUAGAAACAGAUAUGAGGGAGGGAGAAGUUAUUCCUAGUUCUGCAGAAAAAGAAGUAUAUGAUGGACCUGCGGAAGAGGUAUGUCUGGAAGAUGGCUCGAUGUCUGAUCCGGAGCCUGAGAAAUGUGCGGAAGUUUUUUUGCAGGAGAAGGAAUAUCACUCGGCUGCUGAAGAUGAAGUUGUUAAGCGUAAAUAUCAAAAGAGGCAGUUUGAGAAGAUCCGUAGUUCUAGGCGGAGUGUGGUUAAAAUCCAUAGUUUCAUGCGGUUAUUGAAAUUUGAUGAGGCGAUAUCAAAUGAGACUGAUGGUGGUAAAAUCUGGGUGUUUUGGAAAAAUGAAUUGGAUGUGCAGGUGGUUCGCAUGAGUUCGCAGUUUGUAUCAUUAUGCAUUACCGAAGGAAGUAAUCAUUUCUUGGGUAAUUUUAUUUAUGCAAAGUGUAAUAGGCUUGAACGACAGCUGCUUUGGGAGGAGUUGAAUUUGGAUAGAAUGGGUGGGGAGCCGUGUUUCUUUGCUGGGGAUUUCAAUGUAAUUCGGUCGGAUAUUGAGAGGUGUGGUGGGCGUCCGAGGAAUAGAGUUGCAAUUGAUGAGUUUAAUAAAUGGAUUCAUCAGGGUGGGUUGUUGGAAAUGAAUUCACAAGGUGGUAAGUUUACAUGGUGUAAUGGUCAGCAAGGUUUAUCUAGAGCUUGGGCAAAGCUGGAUAGAGUUUUACUUGAUGCAAAUUUUCUUUCUCUUUUUCCGACUGCUCAUUGUUUGUAUCUUCCUAGGACUACAUCGGACCAUUGUCCUAUGGUUAUAGAAUUUUUAAGUGAUCCUUUCUCUUAUGGUCCACCUCCAUUUCGUUUUCAGCAAAUGUGGGUUGAGCAUCCGGAUUUUAUGACUCUUGUUCAAAAGGUUUGGUAUGAAUCGGUUAUUGGUUCGGGGCUGUUUAAAUUAGCCACUAAACUUAAAAAACUUAAGGUGGCGUUGCGUGUAUGGAACAAGAGUGUAUUUGGGAGAACUAAUACUCAGAUUGCUAUUCUUGAAGAUAAGAUUGAGAAUCUGGAAAAUUUGUUGCAGAGAGGUUGGGAUGAUGAUAUUGAAAGGGAAUUAGUAAGGACUUCUAAUGAGUUGUCUUCUUGGAGGAUUAGGGAGAAUAUUAGAUUGGCACAAAUGGCUAAAAUUAAGUGGAGAAUGGGUGGUGAUAGGAAUACAAAAUUUUUUCAUGUGUGGUUAUCUAAUAAAAAGCAUAGGAAAAUUCAUCAGUUAAGAACCUCGAAUGGGUUGGAGUUUAAUUCUCCGGAAGCAAUUCAUCUUGGAGCUGUUGAUUAUUUUUCUGAUUUUCUUCAAAGAUCUAAUCCGGUUAGGGAGGUGCCUGAUUUAUCUAGUUUAAUUUCAUCGGUUAUUAAUGAUGAGGAUUGUGUCCGGCUUUGUGGGAUCCCUUCGUUGGUUGAAGUGAAAGAGGCUCUAUCAACUAUUCCUAUUAAUAGUUCUCCGGGUGCCCUCAAAUGA